CUGCUGGACCGUAGACUUGUGCGAGUACUCGCGCCAUAGCCUCGACGCUUUUACUACGGCUUCCCUCGCACCUCCUCUGGCAUCCCAAAGCCACGCGACCUGAUCAUGGACGUGCUUUAUCUGCGUGGAAUGAGCGACGUAAGUUAACUUACGCGAAGCAUUUUGAUCGUUCCGUCGGGUUCGUGGGUUCGAGCGUUGAGCCUCCGCAUUCCGGCAGCAUGCUGCUAGGAGACGUCGAACCGUGCGAGCUAGAGCAAAGACUACAGCAGCAAUGGGGCGCGGCCCGUCAGCUCGCCUCUGACCUCCAAUCCUCCGUCGCCGGUUAUCUCGCCGCGUCCGUGCAACCGCCCUCCCUGAGCGAUCUCGGCCUUCACUCGUCGACAGCCUCAGAUCGCGUCUGCGAUGCGACGUGUAGCCGCGACAACGCUAGCGACGGGGCAGAACGUCGGGAUGAAGAUAGAGCGCGGUUGCGGGAAGCAGCGAUGGCGCGGCUACGUGGCUUUCGGUGGCAGGCGCAGGUGAUCCUCCAGCAGAGCACUGUGCUGGCUGACGUCACCUUCCAUCUCUGCGACUUCUUCGAAGCUUCGUCCUCCUUAAGCCCCGAAGAGCUUUCUCGGUUGGCAGCAGAGAGCUCGUUGCUGCAGCUCUUCGAGGCUUCCUCGAACCUUCCAUCCGACGAGGACUCGUCUCGGCUGCUGUCUAGCAGUGCGUGUUCAGUCGAAGGAGCGAGAGAGGUAGCGCGUGUGACAGUAGCGGGAUCAGGAGAAGGCGGCGGGGCGGAGGAUCCAGGAGAAAGCGAAUGGGACGCGCCGAAGGCAGGCGUUGAGGAGGCAGUUGGGGAGGAGCCCGCGGAGAUGGCGGAAGGCGAGGACGGGCAGCUGUGAGUGCUGCUGCGGCUGUAGCUGACGUGGCGCUGAUGGUGGAGCAAGAGGUGGAGAGGGAGAUGAGCCGCAAGGACGAAUUCUCGCAUGCUAGUGCCACAAGCCCACCCCGGGCGCAUCCACUGUCGGUCACAUGGCAGCAGCCAUGGUGGCUGGCAGGCGCUGCCUCUGCUGUCCCUGCUGCUGGCAUGAAUGCGCCUGCCAGUGCCAUGGAGCCCUUAGGUUGGCCAGCACAGAGAGCAGCACAAGGAGGGCGGAUAGAGGAGAGAGGAUGCGGGGGGUUUGCGGAGUUCAGUGGGCGAAGUAGUGCGGGUUUUGCGGCAUUUGCUGCAGGUGGACUGGCUGGUAACCAGCAGACCAGUGCAGUUGGAGCAGUCACCAGCAGCAGCCGGGGCGCCAGAACCAUGGGGCACCAGUCAGAGGCGACUUCAGGAUUUGAGGAACCUGGGAGUGCUGGGAAGUCAUUGUCACCACUCUUCACACUUAUGAGGAGAUAG